AGGGAGGCGGCCCACUUGCUCGCGAUGGCGGAUAUGAGUGACGAGCUGGAGGAGACGACCGCCAGCCCGCUGGAGGAGAGCUUUGCCCGGGCGACCAAAUACAUCGAGCGCAGUACGGACCAGUUCAAGCAGGAGCAGCUGCUACAGUUCUACGGUCUGUACAAGCAGGCGACGGUUGGGCCGUGCAACACGCCGAAGCCGGCGAUCUACAGCAUGGCGGCACGGGCCAAGUGGUACGCUUGGGACAAGGUGCGGCAGCUCGAUCCGGCCGACGCCAGGCAGGAGUACGUGCGGCUGCUGGACGAGCUGGCGCCGAGCUGGUGCGAACGCCACGGCUCGCCCGGCGCACCGGAACCGGCCUGGGUGUCGGUGUCGCGGCCGAAGCGACUGUCGGAGUGCAGCCUGCCGGAUGACGGGACGGCCCGGUCGCUGGUCGACAGGAUCAAGGCGGACGACCUGGACGGUGUGCGGGCCAUGCUCGGGGACAGCGGCGAGCCGGCGGCGCUGGUGAACGGGCUGGACGACGAAGGCAUGGCCGCCAUACACUGGGCGGCGGACCGGGGGAACGUAGACAUUCUGACCCGCCUGCUGGCCGUCGACGGGAUCGACAUCAAUCUGCGCGGGGCGGACGGCCAGACCGCGCUGCAUUACGCGUCCAGCUGUGGCAAUGUGGAGUGCCUGCAGCUGCUGCUGCAGCACGGCGCGGACCGCACGAUUAGGGAUGAGGAGGGCGAAACGUGUAGCGACGUUGCUUACAAUCAGGCAAUAAAGGCUUGCCUCGCGUGAGGUUUUUGGAAGGUGUAA